CAGGCCGGUGGCGCAUGACAUUGCAGAAGCAAUGGCGCAUUCUUGGCUCUAGUGGCGUCUGCAGCUGCCCGGUGCCUUCUCCUGCAAGCUGGUGGGAGGAGUGGAGUUUCUGCCCGGGGCUGGCACACCUGGAGCAGGAACCCAGGGGCACCCGGACGCCUGGCACAGCCCCGGGGCAGCCGCCUGCCGGACCAUGGGUUUCCUUUACGCGCUGCUGCUGCUCGUCCUGGCUGCUUUCCUGGGCGCCGCGAUCCUGGUGGUGGUGGGGAGCAUUCAUUUCGACGCGACCAACUCCGAGAUCCCCCCGGGGGUUGAGCAGGCGGCCAAGCUGCGAGUCCUUCACGCUCUCUUGAUCGGCACGGCGGUCGUGGGAAAGAUUUUGGAGAAUCUACAUAUCUGCAGUCAAAUCCAGUUUGUCCGGUUCUGGAGAAACGGACGGAAGCAAGGAAAGGACGCCCAGCUUUUCAUCAAGGAUACGAAGUUUAAACACGUCCCUGUCCGGAUUUACCAGCCCAAAGCUCCCUCUGCUGGUGGAAGAAAAGGCAUCAUUUUCUUUCAUGGGGGCGGAUGGAUGUUUGGAAGCAUCAGAGCCUAUGACAAGAUGUGCCGUUAUGUCGCCAAAGAAAGUGAAUCGGUGGUCGUGUCCGUGGAGUAUCGCCUAGCUCCGGAACACAAGUAUCCGUCUCAGCUGAAUGACUGCCUCGCUGCCGCAACCCACUUCCUUCAGACCGCCGACGACUUCGGUGUGGACAGCUCCCGGGUCAUCGUUGCGGGCGACAGUGCCGGGGGCAGCCUCGCUGCUGCGGUGUGCCAAACCUUAGUGGGCAGACACGGCAUCACGAAGGUGUGUGCUCAGAUCCUAAUUUAUCCCGGUCUCCAAGCCUUCGACUUCAACUUGCCUUCGUAUCAGCAAAACCGGGCCGUGCCCAUUUUGUACCGGGAAAAGGCUGCUUUCUACUUUUUGCAGUACUUGAACGGAGACGCUUCCCUACUAGAAGAGGUCUUGCAAGGGUCACACGUCCCCGUGGACCAAAAGUUGCGGUACAGGAAGUGGUUAAGCGCGGACAACAUCCCUAAAGAAUUCAAGGUCAGAGGUUACAAGCCUCCAGUGCCCAUGUCGUGUGACGAGGAAGUAUACGAAGAGCUUAAGAACGUGUGUACGCCAGAAAUUUCACCGCUGAUUGCGGAAGACGCUGUGGUUCGACAUCUCCCUCGGACGUGUAUUGUCACCUGUGAAUAUGAUGUUUUGAGGGAUGAUGGAUUGCUCUACAAGAAACGGUUAGAGGACAAUGGCGUCCCCGUGACUUGGUAUCAUGUUAUUAACGGAUUCCAUGGGAUUAUAAGCUUCUUCGACAAUGGCUGGCUGACUUUUCCAUCGGGGAAACAAGGGUUGGAUAACAUUGUCCGAUUUAUUCAAAGCUUGUAGAAAGGAUCUCUCCAAACUACAAGACUUGUGGCAUUUCAUCGACCUGUUUCAGGAGGGUGGCCAUGUUGGUUUGCAGAAGGGGUCUCCAACCCUUCAGCUCUUCAUAGACUAAGAUUCCCAUUAGUUCUGCCAAUUGGCCAUGCUGGCAGGGGCUGAUGGGAAUUGUAGUCUAUGAACAUCUAGUGGGCCAUAGGUUGGAGACUCCAGUCUGUAGUAUAAGAGCUCGAUUUAAGUUCAGUAGUACCUUAGAAACCAUCAAGAUUGGGCGGGAGGGGCGGGGGGUAUAAGCUUUCAAGAGCUGAAGCUCUUUUAGUCACAUCUGACAUAGGGAGCUUUGACUCCUGAAAAAUAAACACCCCAAAUCUUGUUUGUCUCUGUGAAACUAGCUCUUCAUCAAUCUGGGAUCUCAAUCAGUGGGAGAAAAGCAGGGUACAUAUUUGCCAAGUAAAUAUUGGGGAUAAAGGAAUAUCUAAGGUGCUUAUAGCUUGGUGUAGUGAUUGAGAGCAGGUGGAACCUAAUCUGGAGAACCGGGUUUGAUUCCCCACUCCUCCACCUGAGUGGCACACUCUUAUCUGCUGAACUGGAUUUGUUUCUCCGUUCCUUCACAUAAAGCCAUCAGGGUGACCUUAGGGCAGUCACAGCUCUCUCAGAACUCUCCCAGCCCCAUCUACUUCCCAAGGUGACUGUUGUGGGGAGAGGAAGGGGAAAGAGUUUGUAAGCUUCCUUUAGUCUCUUUACAGUAAAGAAAGGGGAGUAUAAACCCAAACUCUUCCUCUUCUUCUUGUCAUGACAACAGAGUUUCUCGGGAUGGUUUUGAUAAAUUAGUGGGUAUCCUUGACCAAUUCAUCACACAUAUGAUGAACUAUGGACCAUUUUACAGACAUUGUUAUUUAUGAUGAUGAUGUGACUAAUCUUUUUAUCCCACUUCUGUUCUUGAAAUCAGCUCACAAAAAAACCCAACUCCCAUAAAAUAUUUCUGCUGCCAUUGAAUGUUCAGAAAAAUCUACAGUUGUCCAUCGACGGGUAUUUAUGUGUUUCUUCCUUCUGUCUCAGUGGCUGAUGGUGCCGGCCUUCAGCAAGGCUUCACGGGCAGCUUCCGAGAGAGUUUUCUGCUUGUUUAAGUGAACUUUCUACUAAUGAAUGAGGCAAAGUCAGGGCGAAUGUCAACAGCCCGACGGGUGGGAAGUGUGGUGUUUUUCAUGACUCCAUCCCUUGAUCCAGGACAUUUAUACAGACUGCUUUGGGUCCAGCACAUUCUAAUUCAAGAAGUGAAUGAGGGAUUAAAGGAACAUCCUAGAAGGAAGGUUGUUCCGCUGUUGCUGUAACCGGAAGAACUCCGCUAUUAAACUCCGCAUCUCUGAA